UUUAACCUCCGAGCUGAAUGUUUGGAUGGGAAUUCUUUUAAUUUCUCAAACAGUUUAAUUUUAGUGUCGAAUAUUUUAGUCGUACAUUCAUUUCCAUUGUUAAAAUUGAAUUUCGUUUAAAUUCAAACAAUGAAGUCACUCAUCCUAAGCAUUCUAUGUUUUAGCGCAGUGGUGAUCAAUGUCACUGCAGAUGACACAGAGGAUUUGAUACAAAUUAAACAGUUGCUGAGAAUCGGAGUGAACCUUGAUCGCUUAGAUGGUAUUUAUAACUUGGGUUUAUUUGCGGCAGCGGCAAAGGGUCAAAGCAAUGUAGUCAAGUUUUUGAUAGAUAAUGGUGCAAAUAUUAAUGAAAGAUAUCACGGCUCUCCGAUACUUUAUAUUGCCAGUUACAAUGGUCACGAUCAUGUUGUCGACAUACUGAUCAAACAUGGUGCUAAAGUAAAUUUAACAAUACAUGACGGUUGGACACCGUUAAAUAUGGCCGCAAGUAGAGGUUAUCUGCGAAUUGUUGAACUGCUACUUACAGCAAAGGCAGAUAUCAAUUUUCCGAACGAUGAUGGGGAAACGCCGUUAUACAGCGCUGCAAAAGAAGGUCGCGAAGAUGUUGUUUACGUGCUACUCGAAAGAGGUGCUAAUUUUGGCAAACGAGAAAAGAACGGAUUAUCACCAUUGCAUAAAGCAGUUGAAGGAG